GUAGUCGUGAGUCCAGAGUCCUUCGACGUAGCACAUGGCGCGGAUCAUAUUCACGAUUGGCUCUCGCUCGCUAUCAAUGUACGCCUGCUUGCAGUCGAUCUCCCUCACCUCAAGCUGCCUUUGCUCUCAGCAGGUCGGAAAGUGUCUGCGAGAAGGGCUCUUUCUCGGCCCCGCAGCUCUACCUCGAUCAGACACUCGAUUUCUUCGAGAUCUAGCCCAGUGCGGAGGGGCAUUGUUCGGCGAAGUUGUCUCGAAGAAGUUCUUUCUGUCCCAGGCUGUCACAAUGGCUAGCUCGAAGCGCCUGACUAAGGAGCUUGCUGACCUUCAGGCUACCCCACUUGAUGGAAUAGAGGUGAUCCCGAAUGAGGCCAACAUUUACAAAUGGACUGCCAAGGUUGCGGGUCCGGCGGCAAGUCCGUAUGCAGGCGGAACAUUUCUGAUCGAGCUGGAAUUCCCGGUCGAGUACCCCUUCAAGAGCCCUCGCUUAAAAUUCGCGACGAGGGUCUUCCACCCAAACGUGGAUGAAGAUGGAAACCUUUGCGUUGGGCUAUUGAAGUCUGAGGCUUGGAAGCCGAGCACGAAAGCAUCGACUGUCCUACUUUCUAUACAACAAUUGCUUGCAGAGCCCAACCCAGACGACGCUUUGGUCGCCUCCAUCGCCGAGUUGUACAAUACUGAUCGAGCCAAAUUCAACAAGACCGCUCAAGAGUACACCAAAAAGCACGCAACCUGAAUUAUGGACCUUGCCACUGAGAAUGUCCGUUUUGCGGCGCUUCUGCUUCCCUUGUGAAAGACAGCUCUGAAACUCAUCAAUAACAAAUCGUAGAAACGCCCAUGACGCUACCAUGGCGCACCAAGGGCUCGCUUGUGCACGUCAUGGCCCUUGCGUGAUUUGCGCACACCAGCAGAACGUGCUGACCCAGGAAAGCGAGGCAAGCAUUGCAUAUAUUGUUGUACAGACCUCCG